UCUGCUCAUUGCCUGGGCCCCCUUCUGCUUCUCAGAGACUCCCAAAACAUCAAAUCCCCGUCUGCUCCAAAUAAUACCGGCCGGGUAUUUCUGCUCAUGGCCGGGUAUUUUGCUCCUCCAACACACUUCACCCAAAACGUGCUCCUUUGGACCCGAAACUCGUUUCUUCGCCUCGAUGACAACGCUAAGCCCUGAAAUAUGACAUAAACGCAGAACCUAUCGUGAAAUUGGCUUAAAACAUGAGAAUCAACAUCUCCAAAGGCUCAAGAAUAUGGGUAAAAACAUGUGUAAUCAAUGGUCUAUCACACGGCCUUUGUCUCCUUGAUUGAGCCUAGAAACAUACAGGAAGCCUUAGAGGAUGAGUUUUGGACAGAAUCAAUGCAAGAUGAAUUAGGAUAUUUUGAACAAUUAAAUUUAUGGGAUUUGGUACCUAAGCCUGUAGACAAACCAAUAAAACUGACGAAUUGGGGGGAGAUAGCUAAAAACAAAUCUAGACUGGUAGCUCAGGGUUAUAGUCAAGAAGAAGGCAUAGACUUUGAUGAAUUAUUUGCUCCUGUAGCAAGAUUAGAAGCCAUCAGUUUACUAUGUGCUAUUGCUGCCUCUAAAGGUUUUAAACUAUUUCAAAUGGAUGUUAAAAGUGCUUUCUUAAAUGGUGAGCUUAAAGAAGAGGUAUAUGUGGCUCAACCACCCGGUUUUAAAAAUCACAAAUACCCAAAUCAUGUAUACAGAUUAAAUAAGGCUUUAUAUGGUUUAAAACAGGCUCCUUGAGCUUGGUAUGAAAAGUUAAGUAGUUUUCUGAUCAGUGAUGGAUUUCACAGAGGAUCAGCGAUAAAACACUUUUCAUAAAAUCUGAUAAAGGUAACACAAUCUUGGUCCAAGUAUAUGCCGAUGAUAUAAUCUUUGGGUCUUCUAAUACAACCUUAUGUAAGGAUUUCGAAGCAACUAUGAAAGGGGCGUUUGAGAUGAGUCUUAUGGGUGAGUUAAAACACUUUCUAGGGCUAGAAGUUAAACAGAAUAAAAAUGGCAUCUUCAUUAGUCAAUCAAAAUAUCUUUCAAACAUGCUUAACAGAUUUGAAUUAAACAACCUUAAGUCAGCACAAACUACAAUGGGAUCAACCUCAAAAUUAACCAAAGAUGACAGUGGAGUAUCAGUAGAUGUCAGGUUGUAUCGAGGCAUGAUUGGUUCUUUAUUGUAUCUUACUGCAAGUCGACCUGAUAUUGUCUAUAGUGUAGGGGUUUGUGCCCGUUUUCAAAGUUAUCCAAAAAUGAGUCACCUAACUGCAGUAAAAAGAAUAUUUCGCUAUCUAUCAGGUUCAAAGUCUCUAGGUUUAUGGUAUUCUAGAGAAUCCAGCUUAGAACUCCUCAACUAUAGUGAUUCUGACUAUGUUGGAUGUGUUCUUGAUCGUAAAAGCACCUCUGGCACCUGUCAUUUCCUUGGAACCUCAUUAGUCCCUUGGACUAGUAAAAAGCAGAGUUCAGUUGCCUUGUCAACUGCUGAAGCAGAAUACAUAGCAGCUGGACUCGGUUGCACCCAACUUCUCUGGUUAAAAUACCAACUACAGGACUAUGGCCUUAAAAUAGGAUCUCCCUCCAUUCUCUGGUUAACCUCAGAACAAUGAUACACCUUCCUUAUCUCUAGUCCUCCCCCUCCUAUAAGAUGCUUAGGGUUCUCUAGAGCUUCAACUCAUUCUGCUCAGCUCAAAAUAUCUCAUACAACUGAUCAACAUGGCUCCGACCAAUGCUCAAUUGCGACACUCUGUUGUUUUCAACAACAAAGGGUUUUGCAAUGCUGCGGUCUAUUCUAGAUAUCUCAGACGAUUUCGUGAUCAUCCCAUUUAUCCAUCACUUUCCAUCCAUCCAUCUGGCUUCUCAAACUAUGACAUGAAUAUUCCUUCUCUCCUUCAUGGUAUUGGAUGGGAAUCGUUGGUGGAAAAUAUGAGGUUCAGCUACUGUCCAGAAGCUGUUCGUUUGUUUUAUGUAAACAUUCAGAAAGGCCCUGGGACAGUCCCGACCUUUUUCACCACAAUGGUCUUCAACUUUGAGAUCAAGGCCACUCCGGAGCUGUUGGCAACAACUCUUGAUCUCCCUCAUACUGGCCUUCGUGCUAGCACUGACAGUGAAUUUGGAGCACUGGGGUUUGACCUUCUGGAUUCCUUGAAAUCUGUCACUUGUGACAUAGGUCAAUAUUUUCCCUCUCGUCUUGCUGCUGGUCGAUUGCCUGAUGAUCUUAAGGUUCUUCAUUUCUUCCUCACUAGGAGUUUUCUGCCUCGUGACCUCUCUAGCACAGAUGUUCUUCACACCUCUGACUUAUGGGUUCUAUCUCAUGCUCGAGCUGGUACUGCCAUCAGUUAUGCUUCUCUCAUGUUCCACCAUAUGAUCCGGUUUGGGAUGGAAUACUUUGAAGGUCCUUUGCCUUUUGGCCCCCAAAUCACUAGACUUCUCUCUUUCUUACGCAUUGAAUUGCAUGACAAGCUGCAUCAAUGCAAAGUUCUGGAUGACAUUCGUCCCCAGCAUGUGCUCGCUAAGUUGGAUGCAUUAGUUAAGCCCCGUAAGCCUCUCACUGGCUCAAGGGGAGUUGGUCCAGUAUCUUAUGCAUCAGGGAGACUAGUUGGAGCACUUGUUGAUGCUGAUGUUACUGUUAUCAAACGUGAAUCAUCAGGUGAAAGGGAGCAGUCUGCCAAAGUGAAGAAACUUCGGAAGGAAUAUCUGAUGUGGCCCUAGUUUAUAUAUGAAUAUGGAGCCAUAAAUGAUCCAAUUAGUUCUGAUUCAGAGUCUAGUGAUGAUGAUGUUGUGUCUGAAUACGAGUCCCCACCGCAAUCCAUUCUAGGAUAGAAAAUGUACAUAAGUGGAUGUUCAUUAAGAGCUUGUGACAGGAUGUUUGAUUAAAAGGUUGAAUAAUGAGUCCAUGAAUAAGAAAUUUAAGGUUUUUGAAUAUCCAAUGUAUGUGAUCAUCUAUUUGUGUUAUAUUCUCUUGGAAUAGACUGCACCGAUUGUUUGUUACAUGUGUGCAGGAAGGAAACGAGCCAGUGAAAAGCUUAGGGGGAGUUUGUUGGGUGAAGCUAUGUCCACUGGCAUCGUAAACUUUAGGAAAGAGGGCCGGAAAAUGCUGAGCUAGAGCCAGAAGAGGGAAGGCCUAAUGAAACGAGUAAUUGAAGGAAAUCAAGAUAUGAGAUUGAUUCUCCAAAUCAGAAGGCAACGGCUGGGAAAAGGCAGAAUAUAAAAGAGAAGAAUUUCAGUAGCAUAGGUAUCCUUUUCGAAUCAAUUUUCAAAAGCAGAAACAAAGGGUAUUGACUGUGUUUUGGAAAAGAAAAGGAGAGGUAGCUGUCAGGGAGAUAGUGUGAGAAGUUAGCGAUCUAAAUUCUGGCAGGGAGCUGAAUUCUGAUCACGAACUCUGAUCUAGUAACGGGGAGUUACUACGAGAUCGAUUGUAAACUGUAAUCCGAAUCAUAACAUCAUAGUAACGUUAAAGGACUCAAAUCAGAGUUCCUUUGACCGUGGACCAGUCGAUACUGAUUUCUCAGUAUCGGAAACCACGUAAAAAUCUCGGCGUCAAGCUUUCUCAUUUCAAUUCAGUUUGUUCUAUAACUUGACUCUGUUUUGCAGCAUACUCUGUUUUGCAGGUUACAAAAAGAAGAGUUGCACUGGUGUUGGAGAAGCAAAUCUCAACGCAGUCGUUUUGAGCUUAAGCUUGUCAACAGGCCGUAUCAAGAAAAGUCUGGGCUUUAAGCCCAACAACAAAUUCGAUCUCUUAGUUCCACUUCAUUUCAGAUCAAACAAUGGCACUUGGUGUUGUUAUCUUUCAUUGCUAUUCUUCUCUGCACAAUUUACAACAGACUAGGGUUCUUGUAGGAAAAACUCGAAAAGCCACUGCAUCCUCGCGCUCGUCUGCACCAACAACGAGUUGCUCGUCUAAAAAUAGAGCGGUUUACAUAGUUCACGCUGUAGCAACGCGAUUGGUCCAUAUCGUAAGGCACAUAUUGCUAUGAGCUAAUGCGAUGCGCGACGUGGGGCACGUGAUUAUACGGCUCGAAAGCGAACAACUGUUGAUCAAGGGAAAGAUUCACGACUCACAUGGUUCACUCUUUUUUGUAUUAUCGAUUUGAAAGAAUUUAUUGUUUGUGAGGUAUGUAAAAGGCCGAGAUGAGAAAAGAAAACGUAUGAUGGAGAACCAAGUAGGGAUGUCAACAAAACCCGAACCCACGGGUACCCUACUCGACCCAACCCGAUUUCGGGUUUAAACUUGUUACACUUUCACCGGAUUGGGUUGGGUUUGGGUUUAGCGUACCCGACUCAUGGAUACCCGCCCUCACUUAUUUAGUUGCCUACUCUCUCCAAACCCUACCCUAAUUCCAAUUUCUCCAAUCUAAUUUACAAUUUGUAUGGAUAAUUUGUGAUUUGUUUGAAUUUUCUAAACUCGUAUUUUAUGUAUGAAUAAUUUGAAUGGAGAAUUGAUGUUUGAAUUUUAUUUUGAUAGGAACUUGUCAUUGUAAAUUUUUUUAUAACAAGAACCCAGGGAUACCCAUGAACCCGCGGAUACCCAACGGGUUGGGCUGGGAUUGAGUUUUCCAAACCCAUUGGUUUUUACCUCAGAUAUUUUUUACGGAUAAACCCAUGGAUUUGGGUUUGGAUUUGGCAAAACCAGCCCCGACCUAUUGCCAUCCCUAGAACCGAGUAGGGAUGACAAUCAAACACAUGACCGCGGGUACCCGACCGCCUCCGACCCAGUCAACGUGGGGAAUCCCCGCUUUGACUGGGUAAGGGCGGGUAUGUGUAAAACCCGCAAAAUGUUUGAUGGGUAUGAGCGGGUAUGGUUUUAGCCUCCCGCCCCAUACCCAUACCCACCCCACCAAGAAUAUUUGUUUUCAUAUAAAAAAUACAUGGAUCAAAUAGUAAUCUAUCAAUGAUAGUGAGGGUAACUCAACAAAUAAUUAGUAUAAAUACAAUUGAGUGGCCACCCAAAUCAAAAUCUAAUUCUUUUUCCUCAACUCUCCCUUCACUCUUUCACUUUUUCCUUCUUGUAAGCAAGAUUAUGUUAGUUAGUUAGUUAUUGCUUAGUAGAUGUAUUAGAGUGAGGGAAUAAUGAUUUGGAUUAAAUUGUACCCUAUUUUAUGGAUCAAUGGAUGUUUUAGGAUAAGAUGCUUUGAACCAUAUUAAGAAUGAUUGUCACUUUGUUGACUUCAUGAUAUAGUAUGUGUGUUUAAUGUUAUAAUUGAAAAUUUACAUGUAAAAUUUUAGAUAUUAUAAUGUUGAAUUUACGGAGCGGGUAUUACCCAUGGGUACCCGAAACCCGCGAGUAUGGGGAUGGUUUGAAAAAUAUCACCGCAUGAGUAUGGGGCGGGUAUGAAUUUGAAUAUUUGAAAUCGGGAAUGAGUAUGAUUUAGACAAACCUGCUCCUAACCCGCCUUAUUGCCAUCCUAAAACGGAGUGCAAAUUGUUUGCUCAGAUAUGGAGAAAAACGCUUUCUCCUUCCCUAGUACCGAUUCUUUACGUUGUUACUUGUCAAUUUGUUUCUGUUGCUGCCAAAUAGUUUCCACCCUCUCAAUUGUCCUUUCACUCAACUUUGUCAGCGUCAUGGGGUGGUUGCAACUUGCGACUAGACAUCCUUUGUUCCCUUUCUCUUCAAACAAUUAAAACAACACUUUCAUGCUAUCUUAUCUUGUUAUCACUAAUUAUUACUUAUAUUGUGAAUUACUAUCUCUCCUUAACAAAACAACUUAUUUGUUUUAUGAUAACAUUGUACUCCAAAAUUCUAACUUAGUUAGAGGUUGAUGAGACAUUCUCAGUUCGUUUUUGGAAUUAUUAGUCGAUUUGCUUUUCUCACAUACCUUUUUCGUUCAUAUUUGGAUAUUCUGGUGUUCAUCAUUAGGAAGUGCAAAGCGAUUUCUACAUUGAUUUUCAAUAUAAAUGUCUACUAUUUCG